ACAUGACUAUCCGGAAGUUUUAUUCAAAUAAAUAUACUCGAAGGUUGGAAUAAAUCGAAUGAUUCUGCUACACGAUUCAAAAACAGACACAGUCGAACUCUUUUAGAGAUACCCUACUAAUUUAAUAAGAAUCUAAACAUGGCACAGAAUUUUCAAGAAACUUUGGCAAAGUUUAAACAAGAACAGCCAUCACCAAUCAAGACAAUGCCAAAAAAGGCACCUAUCAAUAAAAAACCAAUAGUUGAAGUAGGAGAGAGAAAACAAGAUAAUGCACCGACAACAACUAUAUUACCAGGUAUAAAGCAUAUGGGACAGAAUACGUUAAACAAACAAUUUAAGAGAGUCAUUCUUCGUUCAUUGGAGAAUGAUCCUCCGGAAGAUAUGGAGAAGGAUACUAACUUGGAAAAACCUAAAUAUACUCCAAGACCUUCUCCCGAAGCACAACUUCGUACUAAAUAUCCUGAGAUAGAAUCUAAAGAUGAAGCAAGAUAUAUCAGAGCUCCUCUACCUCCUUUGAAUUUAUCGAAACAGCCUCCAUGGCCAACGAAAAUGCCUGACAAUUAUGAGUUUCCCGGCUGCCUAAAAGAACCAAUAUACGAUGAUAUUACGAAAGUUGACGAUAAGAGAAAUGAAUAUAAUACUGUAUUAUCGUAUGUUGAUACCUCAACUAUCUGCUUUAAACAAUGUUUGACUGAUCCUUCUUGUGUUGGUAUCAUUUUUGAUAAGCUUAAUAGAAAGUGUUGGCUAAAUAGACGUUUUUGCCAAGAAUCUAAUACUCACAUCAAUUCUGAACAAUACGAAUAUUUCGUUAAAUCUUCUCCAGAGUGUAAUCUUAAUAGAAAUAGUCAAAAUGAGAUUUUUCUCUUUGACGAGUCAUCUGGGGAAAUGCACGUAGUUAAAUUUGAUCUUCCACAAAUUAGGAAUUUCUUCCAUACAAGAUUAUUUACAUUGUUAAGCAGAGAGGUUAUGAUUUGGACUAGUUUAACGUCUAAAGAUUAUCACUUUAAAUGGGAUACAGAAAUAUUUUCAACAAAAUCAGAAAUCAUCAGGGAGAUUGGCCUCCUCUCGUCAAAUGUUGAAAAAUGCGUGACUGCAAAUCUAAAAACACUUGAUCAUGAUAUAGAGUUUAACCUUAAGAGUUGUUCCGAGAAGCACGCAACCGUUUGCUGGCGUCCACUAUUUGGUGAAUGGUCUGAAUGGGGACAGUGGGGAAACUGUUUGCAAUUAAAUCCAAACUUAAAUAAAAUACAGUUUCAAGAACGAUUUCGAAAUUGCUCUUCACCUGAGCCAAUUUCUAAUAUUCGUGAUUGCGGACUCGAGGACACGGAAAGAAAAAUGUGCUACAAAAAGGAUAAUUAUAAAGGGAUAGUUAGCUCUAAAAACUUAAAUGAAAUAACUGUCAUUAUGACAGUGAAUUUCGUAUUAAUUCUUCUUGGAAGUGUUCUCUCGUGUUAUACAGCGAAAAAGAAAGGUGAUUUGUUGACUAAGAAUAACAAUCGAACUCGAAUUAGAAUAGAAGAAAGGAAGCGUCAUCUAACGCCCGAAGUAUUUAAAAGACGAAAAUCUACAAGAGACUACUUUUAG